AGCACACUGCCUGUCCUGUGUGUAUCAGAAGGCUGGGCUCUUUGGCUCCAUCGCAGCGAUGCUCCUGGAGUCCAGACUCUCAAGGCUGAGAAUCAAGAGGAUACAUGGGCCCCAGCCAAGGCUCCUGACCAGUCAGAGAAGAGAUGGCUGUCUCCAGCCCUCUGGCUAUGGCCUGAAGGGUCAGGGAGCCCAGAUAUGCUCCUGAAGAAUUUCACCACGAGCGUCAACAGUCCAUGUGUUUCAGGAGAGCCUGCUCACGCCCUGCCCAGCAUCUGCUACAGAUUAGGGAUCACUUCCAUGGUUGGCAAAGGCCGUGUGGACAGGUCAGCCUGCGGGAUCCUUAGCUUGUCAUAGAUAGGCUCCCCAACACAGCAGACUCCGAGACGAAGAUUUGGAUCAUGAUGGCUUCCCACAACAAAUACCAACACUCCUCCUAAUUCUGGAAAGCUGGUGGGCCCAGCUGCAGCCCCUUGGCAGCAGAUACCUCCAUGUGCACCUUGCCACCUGGCUGCCCACUUGUGUCAGUGCUGCCGCUGGCUUCCAUUUGGGUUCACGCUGUUCCUUCCAGGUGGCUUUUUCUAUGUGUGUCUCAUCGUGGUGGCCACUGUGGACCCAGCUCUCUCAACCUGUUCCUCAGGUAUCUUGAUUCCUUAGCAGACCCCGGCACCGCUUCCCUGCAUUGCUGUAACUGCCCGUGGCCUACGGCACCAGGCAGGCAUUUGGCAGACGAAUCAUUUCCCACUGCUGAGCACGGAGCCAGCCUGGGUUGCCAUGUGCUGCAAGAGAAGGCAAAGCUGGGACCGCCUAAGAUCUCACCGCAAAGCUGCAGAUACGCUGACCAGAUGGCAACGCUGAGCUGUGCGCAAGACCGAAAUCACCGUGUUCCAAUCCCAGCCUUGAGACAAAGCCAGACUUGCUCAGAUGUUUCCACUCAGGGUUGGGCAAAGAUGCCCCAAAGGCAGACAAUGGCAAAGAAAGGGCAACAGCCUCCAGUGGCUGGCAGGGAGAGCUUUAGGCAUCUGCUGUGGGCCUUGAUGGGGGUCUCCUCUGAGCAGCCCCCACCCUCCCACGUGGCAGGGGGCAUCGGCGGCUGGGAGCAGACCCGAGGCCUCUCCAGGAUGCAGGCUCCUGGCCUCUUCUUGGCUCUGGUCAGUUUGUAUGACACAGCGCCUGCCUGUGGAGCCAAGGGGACAAAACUUUUGUGUGUAACCCAGGGAAACGGAGAGCCCGCGGGCUGUGGUGGCCCCGGCAGCGCUGGUGCCCAUGGAAGGCCCUGCGCACAGGAGCUGUGGGUCCUGGGGCGCCCAUGGGAGGAGACCUGCGGCUGCCAGAGCUUGGGGAGAUCCAUGUGGCUGUGGCUGGAGGGGGCCACCCCAGAAGCCCUCAGCCGCUGCCCCCCCCCCCCCCCCCCCCCCCGCCCGCCCCGUGCUCUCGGCUGUGGGGUGUGCACUAAUGUGAAGAAGGGCCAGAUGCCCAGGGGAGGAGCCAAGGGGCUGAAGGCCUUCCAGAAACUCCCUGGAGUGGAGAGACUUCUGAUAGCAGCCCCUGCCCGCAUUGCUGGCCCUCGGGACCUGGCCCUCAGUGAGCGGCACCUGUUGAUCUUCCAUUCAGGCCUGGAGCCCCGGACCUUCAGGGAGGCAUUUUCGGGCUGUACCGGGUCAGGUCCCCCACUUCGUGUCCUUGAUGAGGAUGGCAUGACGAUGACCUUCGUGUUAGAGCUGAGGGACUGA